AAUCAUCCUAGCGCGUGCGCCACAACCCCUAGCCUUCUAACUGCAAGUCCAUUGUAUGGUCUGAAACCAAGGGUCCGUUUGAACGCGAAGAUAGGAAUCGGAGCCCCCGCGCCGAGUCGCCGCCAUGUCCUCCACACUCUCUCCCACCACUCUCUCCAAUGCUCUUCCUCCUUUUACUCCACACAAGAACAGCCUAAUUCUCCUAAACACUUGGUCCACUCGCCGACGACCCCGUUUCCACUCCGCUGCUACUCGCCCUCCCCUUCUCAAAGUGACGGCCUCCUCCAGUGACCUCCAAACCUCUCCAGUCGAGAAUGUGGUUAUCAUAGGUUCUGGUCCUGCUGGAUACACAGCAGCAAUAUAUGCAGCUCGUGCCAAUUUGAAGCCCGUAGUGUUUGAGGGAUAUCAAGCAGGCGGGGUUCCUGGAGGACAGCUGAUGACUACCACUGAAGUGGAGAAUUUUCCUGGAUUUCCUGAUGGAAUAAGUGGCCCGGAUUUGAUGGACAGGAUGAAACGGCAAGCAGAACGUUGGGGAGCAGAAUUGUUUCAAGAAGAUGUGGAAACUAUUGAUGUAAAACUUAGUCCUUUUACAGUGCAAAGUAGUGAACGUAAGGUUAAGUGCCACAGUGUCAUUUUUGCAACAGGAGCUACUGCAAAAAGGCUCAGGUUACCUCGUGAAGAAGAAUUUUGGAGUAGGGGAAUUAGUGCUUGUGCUAUUUGUGAUGGAGCAUCACCGUUGUUCAAAGGGCAAGUUCUUGCUGUUGUUGGAGGGGGUGACACGGCUACCGAGGAAGCAUUGUACUUAACUAAAUAUGCCCGUCAUGUUCACUUACUUGUACGUAGAGACCAUCUGAAGGCGUCCAAAGCAAUGCAAGAUAGAGUGUACAACAGUCCAAAUAUCACCGUGCACUUCAAUACAGAGACUGUGGAUGUUGUUAGCAAUACAAAAGGCCAGAUGUCUGGAAUUUCAGUUCGAAAUGUUGAUACUGGGGCGGAAUCUGUGCUUGAGGCAAAAGGAUUAUUUUAUGGUAUAGGCCAUUUACCAAAUAGCCAGUUAUUGGAAGGCCAAAUUGAGCUUGACGGCUCUGGCUAUGUGUUAGUUGAAGAGGGGACUGCAAAAACUUCAGUUGAAGGUGUUUUUGCCGCUGGGGAUGUGCAGGACCAUGAAUGGAGGCAAGCCAUAACUGCUGCUGGAUCUGGAUGCAUUGCUGCUUUAUCAGUCGAGAGAUAUCUUGUGAGCAAUAAUCUACUGGUUGAGUUUCACCAGCCCCAAGCUGAAGAGGUCAAGAAGGAACUCACAGACAGGGAUGUUCGAGAAGGUUUUGACAUUUCACUUACAAAGCAUAAGGGCCAGUAUGCAUUACGAAAAUUGUACCAUGAAAGUCCAAGGCUUAUAUGUGUACUAUAUACAUCGCCAUCCUGUGGUCCAUGUCGGACUUUGAAGCCUAUUCUUAGCAAGGUAAUAGAUGACUUCGAUCAGAAUGUACAUUUUGUUGAAAUCGAUAUUGAGGAAGAUCCAGAAAUAGCAGAAGCAGCUGGAAUUAUGGGUACACCAUGUGUUCAGUUUUUCAAAAAUAAGGAGAUGCUCAGGAUCGUGUCGGGCGUGAAAAUGAAGAGAGAGUACCGAGAGUUCAUUGAAGCAAAUAAAUAAGAGUAUUUCAAGGCCUCUUUCCGGGUGGUGAAUUUUUUUAUCCAAUUUUGUUCCUUCCAAAACCGUCUAAUUUUUUAAAAAUGACAUCUCAUAUUGGUAAAGUAUACUGUAGAUGAUGCAAGCAGAGCAACAGUUUGUCAAUACCGGUUUUAAAUCUCUUAUAUUGAAUUUCACUCAUUCUCUAAAAGUUGGUUCCUAA